AUGAGAGUGUACCUUAGAGGCGAUCCUGAGGCAGAGGAUUUUUCCAACUUACUCCUUCAAAUAGGAAAUGGAGAUUUACAAGAAGAUGAUGAUAGGAAAGUGAACAUUCCAAACAAUUUGUGUUCAGUUGUCAAGGAUCUAAAAAGUUUGAGUGAGCAAAUAUAUCCGAAUUUAAAUAUUUUACAUUCAGAAAACCUGACUUGGCUGAACGAAAGAGCCAUUCUUACACCAAAUAAUGACACUGCAGCAAGCAUCAACGACUCCUUAUUGGACCAGCUUCCUACUGAAAUGGCGAAAUAUUCAUCUGUGGACUCUGUUGUGGAGUUAGAUGAUGUAGUUAAUUACCCUGUAGAGUUCCUUCACACUUUAUAUCCACCAGGAAUUCCACCUCACAAUCUAUGUUUAAAAAUUGGAGCUCCAAUAAUGCUAUUGCGUAACCUUAUACCUCCAAAACUUUGUAAUGUGACACGACUUCGGGUAAAGACCUUACAUAAACAUGUAAUUGAAGCAACUAUCUUUACAGGCUGUGGUAGGGGAGAAACAGUUUUUCUACCAAGAAAACCUUUAAUUCCAUCUGACUACCCCUUUCAAUUCAAACGGCUACAGUUUCCCAUAAAGGUAUGUUUUGCCAUGACAAUUAAUAAAGCUCAAGGACAGUCUUUGAAAGUGGCCGGAGUGGAUUUAAGGAAUGACUGUUUCUCCCAUGGCCAAUUAAACGUAGCCUGUUCACGUGUAAGCUCUCCUGAUAGUCUGGUAAUACUGCUUCCCGAAGGAAGAACCAAAAAUAUUGUAUACAAGGAGGUACUAUAA